AUGUCUGCCCUUCCCCCUUCCUCUAUUACAAGUCCUCAAGAACUUUUAAACCACGAUCUACACAACAUGGAAAAAAAGAAAGAAAGUAUUGUCGGCGAUUCAACCCCCGAUCGAAAAAAUUCGAUACCUCCUUCUUCCGACAAAUUCGAGCUUACAACUUCGCCAACAACAUUAACACCGAAAGGGAAACAGGAACAAUCUUUUAACCCUCGUAGUAAUUGUAAUGAAAGUAAAAGUGAUAACUCCAUUCCAAGUACUGACGACAAAUCGAAUUCGAAGGUCAAUACGUCAAACGAAACAUUGAUUACAAAUAGAAGAAUUGACUUUCCCCAUUUUCAAGUUGGUGUGAGUGAAGAUCGGAACAAGCGCUACCGGAGAACUAUGGAAGACGCACACUCAUACUUUUAUGAUUUCGCAGGGGUCGAAGGGCAAGGUUUUUUUGCCAUUUUCGAUGGCCAUGCUGGGAAACAGGCUGCCGAAUGGUGUGGAAAUCAUUUUCACAAG